GGUUAGCACAAAGUCUCGCGAGGCUUGUCAUAUUUUGAGCUGAACUUGGAGGGAGAGUGCGCUGCGCCGCUGCUACAUGCUAACAGGACAUAAACUUAUCAACAAGAGCAAUUUUCACCUCGUCUCCGGCACUUUCUGAGAACCUAAGGAUGGAUUUGGAAGAUGACACCACGGUCCUGACCACCCUCAAGUCCUUCAACUCCUUCAUCAGCCAAUCAGAGCCCCCCAGAACCGCCAAGCUGGCAGCUCCGCCCACUCUGCAGAGCCAGUACAAGCGCAGCCUGGAGUUGUUAGAAGCUGCGGAGAGGGUGCAGUCCAAGACCCGCUUCCUUCAGUUGGACCAGGAGAAGAAGCAGAUGGAGCUGAGUCAUAAGAAGGCCCGACUGGAGCUGGAGAAGGUGGCGUCUGACAGCGCACGAGACCUGGAGCAUGAGCAGGGACGCAACCAGGAGCUGUACGGGCGCUUAAAGAGACUGGAGGAGAGCGAGGCACAGGCGGUGCUCAGUCUGAAGGAGCAGCAGGAGACACAGCGCUCCCUCAGGAAGACUCUGGACAACCUGAACAAGAGUCUGGAGGAGAAGGAGGAAAGGCUCAGCUCAGCCAACCAGACCAUCAGCUGUCUACGAGACGAGAUCCGUGACCUCAAACUGAAGCUGCAGAACCAGGACUCCACCAUCUCCUCCCUGGGCCUGGAGAAAGAGGAGCUCCAGGACAAACUUGUCCUGCAGCAGAGGAAGUACCAGGAUGUGUCUGAGCAGUGUCAGAGUCUGCAGGCGGCUCAGUCCACCUGCUCCGAGCACGUGCUCAAGAUCAAGGAGUUGGAGCGCCGUCUCGUCCUCCAGGAGCAGGACAUGUCCAUAGUGAAGAUGGUGAAGUCUGAGGCAGCCAAAGUCCCCGAGCUGGAGAAGGAAGUGAAGAGGCUGAGAGAGGAUAACACCUUCCUACGGGAGAACCGGGAGAACUGCAGCCUGCUGAAGGAGGAGGCCGAGGGGCUGAGGAAGAAGCUGGAGAGGGCAGAGAAGACCAGAGAAGAGCUGCUCUCUGUGGAGCUGGACAAAGAGAAACUGUCUGCGAAGCUCCAGGCCUGGGAGAACCUGGGACAAUCCACUGGACUCAACAUCAAGAGCCCCGAGGAUCUGUUCAGGGAGGUGAUGCAGAUCCAGCAGAGGGAGAUCACACUCAAAGAACAGAACUACACGCUCAACAGCCGGCUGAGGAGCAUGGAGCGGAGCCAGUCGGAGCUGCAGUCUGAGGCCUGCCAGCAGAGGGCGUGCACGGGGGAGGAGCAGAGGAGGAGGGAGGCCCAGGACUCACUGGUGCGCCGGCUGCAGAAGAGGCUGCUGCUCCUCACUAAGGAGCGUGACGGGAUGCGUGGGAUCCUGGAGUCGUACGACAGUGAGCUCGGAGCGACAGAAUACUCCCCACAGCUCAGCAGACGAGUGAAGGAGGCUGAAGAUCUGCUGCACAAGACCCAGAGCCACAACACUGAGAUGGAGGCCCAGCUGACCAAAGCCCAGGAGGAGUGUGGCUCUCUGCGGCUGCAGCUCCACACCGUGGAGCAGGAGGUGGAGGAGCUGAAGAGGAAGCAGGCCUCGGCGGAGGAGAGCUCGUCGGCACUGAGCAAAGAGGAGGUGGCCAUACUCAGACAGAAGAUUGAAGACUUGGAGGCGGAGAGACAGCGCUUAGAGCAGCAAAACGGAGAGCUGGAGAUGAGACUGGAGAAGAACACUCUACAGGGAGAUUUUGAUCCAGCCAAAACCAGACUUCUGCACUUCAAGAUGAACCCCACAGCUGUUGCCAAGCAACAGCGGCAGCAGGAAGUGGAUUCUCUUCGAGAGGAAGUGACACGUCUGCGGGAGCUGGUGCGCUCGGUACAGGAGAGCGGGGCCCAGGAUGAGAGCAGUGUGCUGGGGCUGAGCCUGAGCCUGCCCCCCUCCAAAGAGGUCCUGGAGCUGCGUAAACAGAUGGAGAGCUCAGAGCUGAAGAACCAGCGUCUGAAGGAGGUGUUCCAGAAGAAGAUCCAGGAGUUCCGGACGGUGUGCUACGUUCUGACCGGGUACCAGAUCGACAUCACCACAGCCAACCAGUACAGGCUCACCUCUGUGUACGCGGAACACAUGGACGACUCUCUGCUCUUCAAGAAGGGCUCCAGCGGCAGUAUGCAGCUGAUGGAGACCGAGUUCUCCAAGACGCUGGGCGAGAUGGUCUCUCUGCACCUGCACCACCAGAAGAGCAUCCCGGCGUUCCUCUCGGCCGUGACCCUCGACCUCUUCAGCAAACAGACCAUGGUGUGAGGAUGGAGGAGUGCACGCUUCUGGACAAUUCCAUCUUUUUUUUUCAGUCCUGGAUUUUGUAAAACCACUGCAGACGACAGAACUGUGAUCUUUAGAUUUUCACAAAUGAGGAACUCUUCUUCUGCUUUUGACUCAUCCUUCAGCGCCUCAGGACUUUUUAGAUUUUGAUAAAGGAGGUUGAUGAAUUUAUUGUCUCCAACCUUUUUCCUCCUGAUGAGCUUCCUUUACUAAACCAAAAUGCCAGACAUCUACUCAUUUUAGCAGCCGCAAGAAAUUGAGACGUUUAUAAGAAAGAGGGCGAGUUUUUGGGAACAGUUAGAUGCUUAUAAAACAUAAACCAUUGUCCAUUUAUUAGUGUACAAAUUUGGGCUUCAAAAUGAUACAUGAACAAUAGUAAUAAGCAUGUAAUUAACCAGUUUUUUAGUUGUUCAGCCCAGUGGUAUGAGUCCGAUAUCCCUUGGCGAGACUUGGAAGGGGUUGGAGAGCUACUGUAGCUCCUUGUUUUAGGAUUUUCUCACAAACAGAUGUGAUGCAUAUUUUGCCUGGUUUUCUGAUUUUGUGAACAUUGCUAUAGAUAUUAAAGAGAGGGUAUUCAAAAGGUGAUUAUUUUGAGCUUUGUACUAUAUUAUAAUGUUGAUCCCUCGUCAAAAACCUGCCUGAGGUUUUGCCUGAGGUUUUUAGACGUCAUCCAUGCAUGUUGGAGUCAUCUAGAGAUCUCUUCCAGGUUCUAUUCAAACUCUCCUUACAGUUAGCAGUUAGUGUUGUAGUCAAGACCAAACUAAUCAAGACCAAGACCAGUCCGAGACCACAGGGUCCCGAGUAGGGAUGGGCAUUCGAUUAAAUUUUCUUAAUCGAUCGUUGGAAGAAUUAACGAUCGAUUAUCAAUUAAUCAUUAACGUUUUUAUAAUAAAAUGAUCAUCAUUAUUAUUACUAUCUGCACUAAUCUGCAUAAAUAAAUUCAACUUUACGACAUAUAAACCAUAACCACUCUAGAGCCACAUCAGCCCGUUUGACAUUAGAAUGUGUUUAAUUCAGUUUUGAGCAACUCUCACAGAAAUGAAACUUAAAACCACAUGGCUCAUUUGCAUAAACUAAGAGAAGAAAAAAAACAGCUCUUGUGCUGAUGCGGCAUGACUCAGGUGAAUACAGGUUAGUGUGACCAUAUUUGCGUUGGUCUAAACCAGGACACCGUACGGGAGGUGGGAGGUGGGGACUCGUCAUCGACAUUGAGCGACUCUCACCUGGUAAAACUUUCUCCCACUGGACACAGAAACAUAUGUUCCUGCUUUGUACACUGUGCACAUGGACUCACACUUGUCCUGACUGGAAUGGAAAGUGUGGAAUUUUUUGUACAAGUCAUUGUUAAAUCCACAUUUGUGCUUCGGUACGUUGCAGACUGACCCACUGUUUGUGUGUUGUUCCUUCUGAUGCAGAGACACAUGUACACACCUGUUUGGUCACGAUACACACAGCAACCUACAUUCGGUUUGUCGAUUAAAAUGAACGUAAUCGAUGAAAUUCUUAAUGAUCAAUCAUCAAUUAAACGACUAAUCAUGCCCAUCCCUAGUCCCAAGACCGAGACAAGACCGAGACCACAGCCCAUCGAGACCAAAUCGAGACCAUCUUCUCAAUUUUCAACAUUUAUUUUAUUUGUUUUUAACUGUUAUUUUGGCACAUGUACAUCAAACAAACGCACAGGCUGCAGUGAGGAGCUUCGCAUGCUCACACACCAGUGCAGGUUUAUUACAGACAGCAGCGGCUGUAAUGACAUAUAAUCACACUCAUCAAGUUUCAGACCUUGAGUCCAAGCGCCUUCAAGACUGAGACAAGACCGAGUUCGAGACAAGACCAAGACUGUAAAAAAAAACCAAGACCGGUGUCAAGUACUACGACACUUGUUAGCAGUAAAAUUCUCUCCAAUACUCCUCCUCAGCCUACGUCACCCAUGCUCCCACACCACAGUUUUAGAUAAAUAUACAAAAAGCAUAAUACAAAACUGUACACAGCUGCUUCACAAACCUGAUGUGAUGUGCAGUAGUUUCAUAAAGCAGGAUGGACUCUGUGAUAGCGCUCUGAAGGGGGAGGGAUGUAGCGUGGGGAGCAAAGGGAGGAGAGACUCAGAGCAAAUGAAACUUAUAAAACGUGUUAUGGUAGAGCAUUUUCAAAACAAUAAAAGGUAACAUGGUGAUCUAAAUAUGUUCUGUGUUACAUUUAACACCCCACAGAAAUAAUCUUUUAUUUUGCUUAUUUGCUUAUUUCCUAAGAUUUGCCUUUAUCAUUUGUGUUUUCAGUGGUUUAGAUGAGAUUUGUUAAUGGGAGAUAUAUCGGUUCCUGUAUUGGUAUCGGCGGAUAUAGAGAGUUUUCCGUAUCAGCUGAUAUAUUGAUAUUUGAUACUGAUAUUUUUGUUUGUGUGAGCCCAAAAAUAUGUCAGUAUGUUAAACAAUCAUGUGACUAAUUAUUUAGUUUCCCAGAUAAAUGCAUUUAGUUUUUAUUUUUCCAAAAGUGAAAAGUUAAUUUGUGAUUUUUAUUUGCAGCUUAAACUUUUAUACAACUUGAUGAUGCAUUCUGUAACUUUUUGGUCGAGGGUUCAUCACCUGGUUGUUUCUAUGGAAUUUUAAACAUUGAAUAUUCAAAUACUUUUCUUGAGCGAGAUGUAAUUUCUCUGCCUAGAAUGUUCCACAGUGUGACAUUAAACAGCUUUACCUUACAUUUAUUCAAUUACAGGUGGUUUUAUAAAAAAAUAACCACAAAAAACAGACAUUGUGACUGUGAGCGGGGUCGCCUCUCCACAGAUCUGACCUGUAACUUGGUCUGGUUUGGUCUCUGUGACAAUAGAAAGGUUUAAUAUCAUACUGUGAAACAUUCCAGACAAAGUAAUAACAUCUCCAUGGAGAAAAGUAUCUGACAGACCCUCCACCAGAAAAGUUACACAAUGCAGCUUUAAGGUAAAUGUGUGAGCCUCGCUAUGGAUUUUAAAAGCUAAAUAUCGGUAUCGGCUCAAGAACUCUAUAUCGGACAGUCCCUGUUUAUUAAGAAUAUUCAUACUACUUCAAAUACAUUGGUUGAUUAAAUUCUUUUGAAACAUGUGAAAGUAGAUUUUGAAAAGUGUAUUUUUUUUAAAAGAUCAUUCUGUAACCAAUAAAGACAACAAC